UGCGCGGUUCGCUUCCGGGUGAUGUUGACUGCAGAGGUGAAGAGCAGCCCCUGAUGGAGACACCUCCACCACCGCCCAUCUGCCGGGAUCAAUAAGCCAAUCACCUCAUCGAUCAUCUGGAAACCCAAGUUCGGCUCGUAUCGCCGCGAGGACAGCGCAGCGCGAGUCGCGAGCGAACGACCGUUGAUGACGGAGGAGCCUCUCUGCGCUCGAGGUUAGCAGCUAGCUUUAGCUUCUCUCUCAGCUUACAGAAACUACGCCACUAAUCGAUCAAAUUGAUUGAUAGUGUGAUCGGUUUGAGCUGCGUGGGGACACCCAGCUGGCGGUUCUCCAUCCCAUCCUUCCCAAUAUCCUGCUCAGGAGCUUCACUCACUCUGUGAUCGUAGCGUUGUCGUUCUGCACCGCGGCCGCCCCGGACCGGCCCGCCGCCUUCCCUGUCAGGCCUCGAGCCGCCAAAGCCAAUGGUAAGCACAGCGGGCGACCUUAGAGCCGCAGACCCUGCACAGCCGCUGCGCUGCUUUCCGCUAUCGAGCCGACGAGUAUUACGAGGGAGGAGACGGUCCGGGACGCGGAGCCUCAACGCCAGCGAUGCCCGGAUCCUCGCCGGCCAGCAGCAAGGCUCGGGUUUACACCGACGUCAACACGCAGAAGAACCGGGAGUACUGGGACUACGACGCACACGUGCCAAACUGGAGCAACCAAGACACCUACCAGCUGGUGCGCAAACUGGGCCGAGGGAAGUACAGCGAAGUGUUUGAGGCGAUAAACGUUACAAACAACGAGAAGGUGGUGGUGAAAAUCCUCAAGCCUGUCAAGAAGAAGAAGAUCAAACGGGAAAUUAAAAUUUUGGAAAACCUACGAGGCGGAACCAACAUCAUCCGCCUGGUGGACACGGUCAAAGAUCCGGUGUCCAGAACGCCAGCACUUGUCUUUGAGUUCAUCAAUAACACAGAUUUUAAGGAGCUGUACCAGAAGCUGACCGACUACGACAUUCGCUACUACAUGUAUGAGCUGCUCAAGGCUCUGGACUACUGCCACAGCAUGGGGAUCAUGCACCGGGACGUGAAGCCGCACAACGUCAUGAUCGACCACCAGCUGAGGAAGCUUCGUCUCAUCGAUUGGGGUUUGGCCGAGUUCUACCAUCCCGCUCAGGAAUACAACGUCAGGGUGGCGUCUCGCUAUUUCAAAGGCCCUGAGCUGCUAGUGGACUAUCAGAUGUAUGACUACAGUUUGGACAUGUGGAGCUUCGGCUGCAUGCUGGCCAGCAUGAUCUUCCUGAAGGAGCCGUUUUUCCACGGCCAGGACAAUUAUGACCAGCUGGUCCGCAUCGCCAAAGUUCUCGGCACCGACGAACUGUUCGGCUACCUGCACAAGUAUCACAUAGAACUGGACACUCGCUUCAAAGACCUGCUGGGACAGCAGUCGCGGAAGCGCUGGGAGCAGUUCAUCCAGUCGGAGAACCAGCACCUGGUGAGUCCGGAGGCGCUGGACCUGCUGGACAAGCUGCUGCGCUACGACCACCAGCAGCGGCUGACGGCGGCCGAGGCCAUGCGCCACAACUACUUCUACCCAGUGGUGAAGGAACAAGCGAACGCCAACACAGACGGCACAAAGGCAAUAAGCAGCUCCAAUGCAACAUGAUGACCAGACAGCAGGAAGAGGAGUUUCCACUUCUAGACGGAGGCGUUCUUAUCAACGGACUAAUACAUGUUUCACCGUCCAGCUGCUGCAGCCAGUUUGCACCUCAGUCCAGGGAGUCAAUAGUUUAUUUAAUAUUAGAUUUAAAUGAAAACAGUCACAGUAUUCCUUUACUGAACUCAAAAACCUGGUCAGUGAACGCACCAUGCCUCCCGGGUUAAUAUCUUUAUCUAAAUUAAUGCAUUCAUGUCCUGUCCUGUUGUACUCCUGUUUAUCACUCAACACAGGAGAAAUAAACACACAACAGGAGUAAUGAACACAAAAUAUAAGUUUAAUGUUUAUAAUGCCAAACAGCGGUUCUAAACAAUCUCAGGCAGGAUUUAAAAACAGCUCCAGGAAAUGUUAAAGGAUUUAUUAAAUCUGUUUUUAUUUUAUUAAUCUGACUCAGAUUUUCUGUCUUCCUUUAAUAACUUAGUUUUUUUUUUUCACCC